GGUAGCUACUUUUAGCUCCAUGUGUGUCAAUGGCGGACUUAUCAGCAGAGGCGCAAAUUCAAAGAAUAUGCGAAAAUAAAAAGAAUUCAAAUACCAUAUCAGACUUACUGAAAAUUUUUGAAAGUGGUAGUAAACUUGAAAUAAAUGUUGCUAAUUCAAUUCUUUAUGGUGUUUUUAAAUAUUACAUCAAUGAUGGAAUAUUUAAUAAAUCUUAUUCAGUUGAAGACGAAAAAGAUGCAGAAUGCAAAGUUAAUUUGUGGUUAAAAACCAACUACGAAGCUUUUGUUGAAAUUUUAUUGCAUCAUCUAAAUCACAAAAAUUUGAGUAUUCAGUUAGAAUGCCUAAUGUCGUUGUUUAACUUGAUGAAAGUUGAAUAUGAAUCGAAACGUAAAUCAACUUUUAAUUUCCCUUUUUUAUUUUUUCAAAAAAUUAUGGAACAAGUAGUUUUUAAAGAUUGCAUUGAAGGUGAAUUUGCAAUUAAGUUUAAUAGUUAUUUAAAAAGCUUCGAUAUUCAAUAUUAUUGUGUUAAAUUUAUUUCACUUAUGCUUUGUCAAAAAAUUGCUCAAAAACAAAACCAGACGCAGAAUGAAUUGUUUAACGUUUAUAAAAUAUUAUUAGAUGUUAGUAAAUUAAAAAAAGAAAAUAAAGAAAUUGUGACAUUUCUUGAAUCAGAAAACUUUGAUCUCACUAAGUUAAUAAAAAAAUAUCCUGUCGUGUUUAGUUCUGCUUGGUUAUCUUUUAUGCAAUUUAGUCUGCCUUCAAAAUUACAAAAAAAAGUUCUUGUUGAUUUAGACAAAAAGAUUAUGCCAAAUCUUUCAGAUCCAAAAAUGCUAAUAGAUUUUUUGACAGAUUCUUAUAAUAUUGGUGGAGUAACAAGUCUUCUUGCAUUAAAUAGUUUAUUUGUUCUUAUUAAUCAGUACAAUUUAGACUAUCCUGAUUUCUACAAAAAACUAUAUAAUUUGGUAGAUCCAGGAAUUUUUUACACAAAGUAUAAAUCAAGAUUUUUCCACUUAUUGGACUUAUUCUUGUCUUCAACACAUUUGCCAGUUUAUUUGGUAGCAGCAUUUAUCAAACGUCUUGCAAGAAUUUUACUAUAUUCACCAAUUACUGAUUUAAAGAUGGUGCUAGUUUUUAUUCGUAAUAUGUUUUUUCGACAUCCUAGUUCGUUGAUUCUAAUUCAUAGAAAAAAUAUGAACUCUUUAAUGGUUGACCCAUACAUCUAUGAGGAAGUAGAUCCUCAGAAAUGCAAUGCAAUAGAUAGCUGUCUCUGGGAGCUUAAUACAUUAAAGUCCCAUUAUUCAUCAGAAGUGCUGAAGCAAGUGGCUUUAUUUAAAAAGGAUUUACCUUCUGACGAGGCUGAUGUGUCAGACUAUUUUGAUUUUACGUAUGAAGAUAUGUUUAAUUCAAAGCUCUCUUUAAAUUUGAAUAAAGAUUCUAUUCCCCCAUUGAACUUUCAUAAAGGCAAUCAUAUAUUUACUGAUUUGAAUGAAGAAAUGUGGGUGCUUGAAUAAUGAAAUAAAUAUUAAUCAGUUGUUUUUAAAUAA